AUGGAAGAGAUGAGCGACGGAGAGUACAGCAAACGAGAAUCCUUGUCCGACCUUCUGUGUGACGUGAACAGCGCUGCCGUCGAGGUGGAUGCUGUGGGUGCAUAUCACCAUAGUUCCGCCGCUUUGGCCAGCCUGGAGCGCGAGAAUCCGGACACGACGAGCGGCCGCCCCCCUCCUGUGGGCUCGACAGACUCCGGCCGGAGUCGUCCUAACGUGCUGUGGGUGGCGGAAACUUAUCCUAACGUGCUGUGGGUGGCGGAAACGCUCGCUGAAAAGGUGGAGAAUCACCUCAGACGCGAGGAGGAAGUCGAGGCCCGGGACGUUCUUCGUGUGCUGGAAUUGGUUCACACAGGCGCAGCAUACUUCUGCGGUCGUCCCACCGACUGGCCUUGGUCGUUCCAAUCCAAACAGGACCGUGCAUUCGUGGCGGAGGCGCUUGACAAAUCGCAAGCGGGGCUGACGGUGAUAUCCGCCGGCCAAUUGGAGCCGCGGGACGCAGAAAUCUUGCACAAGGCGCGCAUGAAUCUGCGUGCUGCAAUGUCCAGGAUCGAUCAGCACGUUCUCGGCCGGGAAAGUUCGAAAGCCGCUCUGCCCGGCAAGAAACGCGAGCUUCCUUCGGCGGGCAACCCGGUGCGGACCUCCGGCUGCGAUGAGGAGCGGGACAGAAAGCUCCUGCGUCUCGACUGA